AUGGAUGCAGAGUUGUUCAAGGCUGCAAGAGAUGGGAAUAUUGAGGCUCUGCUCAAGCUCCUGGAAAGGGAUCCUCUUCUCCUGGAGGGCGUUGCCACCGCUAAUAAUCCUCUGCACGUAGCGGCCAUGCUAGGACACCUUGAUUUUGCAAAGGAACUCCUCAAGCACAAAUCCGAUGUGGGGGAGUAUGCAAAAGAGCUGAACCAACAUGGAUAUAGCCCCAUGCACUUGGCUGCUGCAAAUGGUCAUCUUCAGGUUGUGGAGAUGCUUUUAGGAAUCAGUCGUGAGCUCUGCUGUGUCAAGGGAAGAGAUGGGGUGACUCCUCUUCACUGUGCUUCCAUCAAAGGUAGACGUCAAAUUAUUAGCCUUCUUCUCUCUGCUUGA